GCAUGCGGACCAUUACCAUCACCAGGACCACAGGGCGAAGUGAGCCAUAAGGAAGAUGAGGGAAACGAGGAUUGCAUGGAGCUGGAGGACCAUCAGAAGAACCGGGCUUACCUGGAGAACCUGGACUAG